UACCUGAGCAGGUAUCACCUAAGAGAAGAGCACCUGUGUGCGCAGUCUCUCGAACCCCUCUCGCCACCAACAUCUCUUCAAUUACAAAAAAAGAAUAUAAAAACAGGAUAAAAGACAUCGGUUAUGGAGAUCAGGGUCGUUUUAAUGCUCGCUGUCACCUGCUGGAGCCUGUUGCGCGAGGCGCGUGGGGAUAAGAAAGACAUUUACAGGAAGGUUGUGGAUUUGGUGGCUCCUGGUGAGAAGUUCCUCACUGAAGAUGCGCUUCGCUCGGUUUUUGAAGGGCUGGAGAAACGUGUGCAGUGCUCCGGUGUGUCGUGUGAAAAGUGUCUGUCUGUGUCCGGUGUGUCUCAGCUCUUGAGGAACUACAGUAGUUCAGAUGGUCUACAGAUGGAGGAGUUCUUCAUGACGGCCGCUGGCUUCUGUCUGUUUCUGAGCGCUCCAGAGGAGACCUGCGGGGUCAUACGUGAGGGCCGAUGGGGCAUCGAAACCCAACACUUCAUUGAAUCAGUUCACAACGACAGCAACAUCAACACCGGCCCCCAUUACCAUGACGAUGUCAGUGUCACAGAAUAUGAGGGUUUGGAGAGAGUACUUCUGGACAUCGAGAAACAUUAUCAACCGGACACACAUGAGCCCUGUCUCUCGCUCAACGACAUCUUGGAGGAGAGCAGCGAUCAUCACGGAGAUCACACACACGUGGAGCUGGACGUCGUGUUUGGAAACAUUCUUUAUCACGUUCUGCGUGGAGACUGCAUGAGAGCUCAUGUCCUGCCGGAGCAACAGUACUUUCUGGAUUACAUCUUCAACCGCUCAGAGAAUCUCACCCUGCACGACUUUGAAAACCUUCUGAGGUCGCUGAACCUUGGUGGAGGGGAACACGACGACGGUCACGACCACCAUCAGACUGAACCCCACUACAGCCGAAAGACCCACAGACAGAGUCACCCAGAGGGUCGCCGUAGCAACAGCACCUGGGAUGCGACGUGUUUCAGCGCUGAAGACCUGCUGAGAAUCCACCACAUGAAUGCUUCAGCACUGACCAGAGAUCAGUUCACUCAGAUCAGUCCUGCACUGAUUCAACAGAUGCUCAGUGGAAGCUGUUCUGAGAUCAGUCCCGGUCCUGUGAGCCCUGACUCUUUGAGCACCGCUGAACGUUAUGGAUACGCCACUCUGGCCAAUCUUAUCAUCUGUCUGAUGGCCAUGUUUGGGAUUGUGGUGUUGUUGUUCACGGCCUGUACUCAAGUGUUUGAGUUGUGUAUUCAGUUCUGCAUCAGUCUGGCUGUGGGCUCGCUGACGGGUGACGCGCUGCUGCAUCUUCUGCCUGCGUUUUUGGGCCUCCACUCGCACGAACAUGGAAGCAGUCUUGACCAUUCAGAAGACAACUUUGACUUUCUCUACAAACUCCUGGUGCUCAUCGCGGGCAUUUAUUUCUUCUAUCUGAUGGAGAGCAUCUUCUCCAUUGUCACUCGUAGAGAACAUCACCAUCAUGAUGGCGAGGAGUCUGAUCUCCAUCACUGUGACCACGGCAAAGUCCUGCAGAUGUUCCAGCAAGAGAAACACAACAAAAACUCAAUGUCGCAGGUUGAUCUGGUUGACACAGAAAAAAAUGAGAAAUCCUUCCUGGAACCUGUUGAGCGCAGAAGAGAGCAGCGAUUGCUUCCCUACAUGAUCACCAUUGGAGACAGCAUUCAUAACUUUGCCGACGGUUUGGCACUCGGUGCCGCGUUCUCCGUGUCCUGGCGCUCGGGUCUGGCCACGUCUCUGGCCGUUCUGUGCCACGAGCUUCCACACGAGCUGGGUGAUUUUGCGAUCUUGUUGCACUGUGGAGUGUCUGUAAAGAAAGCUUUAAUGCUGAACGUUGGCAGUUCUCUCACCUCUUUCAUCGGACUGUACAUCGCCCUGACUGUCUCCACAGAAAGCGUCGCCACGGAGUGGAUUUCGGCCAUCACCGCUGGACUCUUCCUGUAUGUCGGUCUUGCAGACAUGUUGCCAUCUAUGGUCCACGUGGACAGCCGGAGACCGUGGCUGAUGUUUCUCCUACAGAAUUUGGGCCUCUUAAGCGGCUGGGGCAUUUUGUUGCUCUUGUCUCUUUAUGAAGAUCAAAUAGGUCUAUAAUGUGUUUCGUUUUUGAUAUGGUAGAUAUCAUGGCAUGUAAAACAUGUGCAAUUGAGUUCCAGUGUGUUAGAAUAUUCAGAAAUGACUUUAGGAUCGUUUUAAAGGGAUAGUUCACCCAAAAAUGCAAAUUCUGUCAUCGUUUACUCACCUUCCAGUUAUUCCAAAUAUGUAUAAAUUUCAUGGUUCUGAUGAACACAGAAGAAGAUAUUUUGAAGAAUGCUUAUAUCCAAACAAUUCUUGGACCCCAUUGAUCUACCAUAGCAGGAAAAAAUACUUUAUGAUGUUUUAGUUUUGUCGAACACAGAAGACGAUAAUUUGAAGAAUGUAUGACAUCAAACCGUUCUUUGACUGACUUGUUAUUUUUUCCUACUAUGGUAGUCAAUGGGGUCCAAGAACUGUGUGGUUACAAGAAUUCGUCCAAAUAUCUCUCUCCGAGUUCAACCAAACAAAGAAAUGUCUACAGGUUUGGAGAGUAAAUAAUUCAUGAUCAAAUUUUCAUUUUUGGGUGAACUGUCCCUUUAACUCUCAGCAAAGACAAACUUUUUUCUGGUUUGUCAUUUUUGUCAUGUUUAUGAAUGUUUACCAGAGCGUUUCCUGUAAUGUUUAUUCAUGAACACCAGCGCUCUAAAUAACAUUUUUUACGUAGCUCCUUUUUGUUUAUUUAAAUGUUGUAUUUUUCAUUAAUGAAUACGGACAUUUUAUUGUGGCGUGUGUUUGGAUUGUAAUAUUAUGUUAAAGUUCUUAAAAUAUACAGUAAGCCCAAACCAAAGUAUUAAAAGCACAUUGAGUGUGAUUGUGAUCAAACUUUCUGCUUGUAUAAAAUGUAUGAAGUUUCAUUCACUCACUCACGUGUUGUCUAAACCAAGUGAAAUGAUUCCUUUAAAACUGUUUGUUGCAGAGAAAUAACAUUUGUAAAGAAAUCCUUACGAACACUCCAUGACAUCCUGUAACCGUUGCUCUUUCUCGUCUAGACAUCAAAAUCUGUCAGUCUCAGCGUUCAUAGUACAAGAGCUCACAAUCCUCAUGAUGUCAUAUAGAUGUUGUGUAAGCCACCAGAACUCUUCUCGGUACCGUGAUAUUGUGUGUGUGAUAUUGUGCGGUUAAACUGUGUGAUGAAGGCAUUAAUGCGAUCCUCGGGUCAAACUCUACAUUCUGCGGUCACAGGGUUCAUCUGACAUUACACUGACUUAUAGUCAAAGACUUAAAGGUUACUUUAAAGUCACAUAUGUUCAUGUACCAUUUAGAAACCAUCUAUAUUUAUUAAGAUGUGUAAUGUGCAAUUAUAAGAAAUAUUUAAGUGUUGGAUAAUAUCAUUUCCUCCUUAGAAAUCGUGAGAUAAAAUCAUGUUUUUGUAUCAUUCUGUUGUAACCGAAAGAUAAAAGACACUUGCUUGUACCUUCUUCAUUUUGUGUCUUUUCUGGUUGUUUCUUCACCUUAAUGUCUGA